UUGCAGCCGGACAGAAAGAAAGAGAGGGGAAAAUGGCGGCAACGACCGACGAAGAAAUGGACUCUCUCCUCUCCACUGUCGAUCAAAUCUACCAGGAUUUCAAGGACGGCGUAGCGGAAAUCCAAUCGGUGAAAUCCGCCUGCAAUGCCGAGGCGAAGAAGCGAGAAGCUCUUGAAUUCACCUGCAACAAUCUCAAACAAGAGAAUGAGCGAUUGACGAGAAUGUACACCGAGUCUCUGAACGACCUUGCUGAUCAGCUCGAACGGCGUAGCACAUGCCAGGGCUUGAAAGAAGAGCUCAAGAGAGUUAGGGAUGAAUGCCUCGGUAAAGAAGAAGAGCAUAGGAAGGCUAUGGAAUUGGUCAAGCAAGACUGUGCAGCCAAGGUUGAGGAAUUGGAGGCUCAAAUUAGAGGGUUUCUUGGGGAAAAGGCGAAAAAUGAAGCAACCAUUGAUCACCUUCGACAGGAUUUAGCUGCACAUAAGUCCCAUAUGCAUGUUAUGCAAAGCAGAUUGGACCAAGUCCAAUUGGAUGUGGAAACAAAAUCAGAUGUUUUUGAGAUUCAGGAUUUGAAGGACUGCAUUGCAAUCGAACAGGAGGAGAAAAAUGAGUUGAAUAGAAAACUCCAGGAUUUAGAAAAAGAAAUGCUGGUUAGCAGAUCAAAGCUUGUGCAACAGCAACGAGAUUCGAAUUCAAAUUGGCAGGUUGAAACACUUAAGACCAAGCUUAUGAAGCUGAGGAAGGAGAAUGAGAUCUUAAAGCGCAAACUACAUUCAGAUGAGGGCUAGAUGGCGGCAACACAAAGCAUUUGGAUUAUGAACCUAACUACUCGUCAGCCUCAGAACUUGUCUGCACUAGUGGAUCAACAGCAUUAAUGCAAAAAUCUUGUACUGUAUAGUUUCAAACGCAAUAUUGGUGAUCUGUGGAGGUGUUUGACUGGCUGUUUUGCAGGGCUUGGACAAAGAGGUUAUUGAAAUUUGAAGUUCAGGACUGUUAUAUCAAAGUAGCACAAAGCUUUUAUUUCAGAUUCAAUGAAGCAUUGUGUUGCCCUUCAUGAAGUUGAUAAAUGCAUUUUGGGUUAAGCUCAUCCUUUUCUUCCAAGGAAAACGAACAAUUAUUUUCUUCAGCCUCUGUGAAAAUACAUUUUCCUUUUUAAACAGUUUAUAGAGGACACAUUAUGUUAAACAUGAUGGGGCUUAAAAGGAUGAGAACGAGAAUAAGAUCAAUACAGACGCAUGCUUAGAGAUCAAGAGUUUUAAUUAGCUCACCAUCCUAGUGUUACGGGGACAGUGGAAAAUUGUGUUAGGAUCAGCUGUUUGGGUUCGAACCCCUCCGAUGUAAUCAAAAAAUGCCGAAAAACAUGCCUAGCUAGUCAAGAAGAUAAAAAAUUACUUUUGUUACCUUGUUUCUUUGCGAUGAAAUCAGUUAUUAUUCUAUGUAUCGGUAAUGUAAGUUAACCCAACAUCUAUUAGAUGAUGUUAACUUUUAAUAUUUGUAAUCAAUCUUUUUUUUAUUAA